AUGACGUUUGAUCUCCUGAAUUCUGGAUUUCCUUCCCCUUCCCCUCCUUCUAUUGGUGUCACCGAUGCUUCCUUCGAGGUGGUCGCUAUCCAUGGAACCACUGCCGCCUGCGAAGCGCCAGCUAUGGCUGAACAAGCUACGAGCCUGGGGUUUGCCGUGGGGGAAAGCCCGGUUUCCGCCUGGAACCGAGCACUCUCCCGAUACAGGAUUCGGCCUGUUGAGGAACUCCUCCUCCCCGCUCCAAACCAUGCAUCAGAUCCGUUUCCCGGGGGAUUACAAGGUUUUGAGCAGGUGUCUAUCCUAUGGGGCUGGGCUGGGCUGGGCUGGGCUGGGUUGAGGAUCCUAUCCAUCCCAGGUUCGGAGGGAGGGUGGGACACGCGUUCUCGUUCUGCUGCCAUGGGGGCAGGUGUCCUGUUUUCUCUUCUGGUCUAUUCUAUAUUCUAUUCUAUUCCAUCUAUCCCGCCGGGCAAGCGGUCGCGGGUUGGCAAGUAUUCGGUGAAACAUAUCCACUGCUCUCAUCGACUGAGUGGGAACAUCGACAUCGAGCCCGACGUGGGCUCUGUGCAAACGGGGUGUCUAAUUCUCCAACAACGCCUCUGGAGUCUCUGGGGCCUGCACAAAAUCGGCCCGCCAGCCAAUGGCAACGGCCCGGACUCAGUCAUCGUAGACAGCAGCGGGGUGAUUUUAGUUGCUGUGGCCUUUCUCGAAGGGUUCAUCGUUCGACGAUGCUGCGUGCCCAACUCGUGGUGUGGGGAAACGGAUCCAUCCCCCUGA